AUGGCGGAGGAACCGUCCGCCAAGUGUCAUCAUGCCGAGACGUCGGACAAGAGGAGCAACCUCGUGGACAUUAACGUCCCUGGCGAGAAGCGCGAGUACACAACAACCCUCAAAGGGGUUGAGCUCCACGGCAACGAGACGCUGGAGAUCGUCUGCACCAGCGUACCAGAAAAGGCCGACGAGGCGAUCUCCAGGCUCUGGAUGAAGCUUGGGGGCAGGGUUCGUAGGAUCGUCGGCAUUGGUGUGCACUACACCAACGAAGAUGAACCUCCCCAUAAGGCAGCAGCCCUGCAGUUGUGCGUCGAUGAACUCUGCUUGGUGUACCACAUCGCAACGGCCACAAAAUGGCCCAAGCGCCUGACCGAGAUGCUGCAGCAUGAGAAGUCGGUCACAUUUGCCGGUUUCAGCAUUGAAAGCGACUAA